GCGAGUGCAAUUAAAAAUAUCAGGAUAAUGGGAAUUAAUGCCGAUAAAAAAGAAAAUCUUGGUGAGUACGUGUAUGAGGGAGCGGGUAGGUAUCAAGAAUUUGAGCUGCACAAUGAUACAUCCUUUGAAGCGCUCGAUUUUUGCAUUUUGUCCAAUCAUGGCGCGAGGGACCACACGUGCGUUUACAGGAUUUAUGCAUUCGCCGAGGAGGAUACGUAGAAGAAAAUA